AUGGUCACCGCUCCUUCUACCUCCGCGGCCCGGAAGGACACCACUUUGUCCCGAAGGUAUAUUGAGGGCCUGAUUUCAGAAGGCAAGCAUGUCAUCAUCUUCGACGGUCGCGUACUCAGAGUCGAUGCUUGGAUUCCCUACCAUCCCGGAGGAGACAAGUCCAUCAGGCACAUGGUUGGGAAAGAUGCCACGGAUGAGAUCAACGCGUUACACUCCAAAGAAGCGCGCCAACGAAUGUUGUCCUUUCAGAUCGGUCGCAUCGAGGGCCCAUGGGUGAACUUCCUGCCGCCCAUCCAGGGCGGAAAGUUUCGUCCCUAUACCGAGGAUUGUUUGUCCGAUGAAGAGAGCUCUGGUCAAGAGAGUUCCGGUCAGGAAACGUCACAGCCACCAUCCCCGAUCUUUGAUGCCGUCGAUAGCACGUCAGGUGCUCGUCAGCGGAAACCUGCGCCCGCAACCCCAGCCUCGACCGCCAAAAGCGAAGAGUUCAAACCGAAACCGUUCUUUCUCGAUGCGCGUACGCAGGAAGAACUCGUCUUCGAUACGGCCAAAUACCCCUCCCUAGAUUUGGAAAAUCAGGAGAAGAUCAAGCAGAGGUAUCGUGAGCUGGACCAGCAGAUCCGUGCAGAGGGGCUUUAUGACUGUCGCUACUUCUCGUACUUUAUCGAAUGCUGCCGAUAUACGCUCUUCGCUGCCUUGUCCUACUAUUUCCUACAGAUUGGAUGGUAUGCGACUUCGGGAUUCUUCCUUGGAUGCUUUUGGCAUCAGCUUGUCUUUACUGCCCAUGAUGCUGGCCAUAUGGGCAUUACGCACAAUUUUCACGUCGACACGGUGAUUGGUAUCAUUAUCGCCGACUACCUUGGAGGACUCAGCCUUGGGUGGUGGAAACGCAGCCACAAUGUCCACCAUAUCGUGACAAACGCCCCCGAACACGACCCGGAUAUCGAACACAUGCCAUUCUUCGCCGUUUCCCAUCGCUUCCUUACCAGCCUUCGCAGCACCUACUACGACCGCAUCAUGGAAUUUGAUGCUGCUGCAAACUUCCUUCUCCGCUUCCAGAACUACCUCUACUACCCUAUCCUCCUGUUUGGACGUUUCAACUUGUAUCGCCUGAGCUGGGAGUACCUCUUCAUGGGCCAAGCCCCGAAAAAAGGUCCCGCCUGGUGGCAUCGGUGGUUUGAGAUUGGCGGCCAGGUCUUUUUCUGGAUCUGGUUUGGCUAUGGAGUGAUGUACCGGUCGAUCCCCGACUGGAGCAGCCGGCUUUCCUUCCUUUUCAUCUCCCAUAUGGUUACCUCUCCGCUGCACGUGCAGAUCACACUUUCUCACUUCGCCAUGUCCACCUCCGACAUGGGAGUCAACGAGUCUUUCCCACAACGAAUGCUCCGCACCACCAUGGAUGUCGACUGCCCGACCUGGCUCGACUUCUUCCACGGCGGUCUGCAAUUCCAAGCCAUCCAUCAUCUCUACCCCCGUAUUCCUCGGCACAAUCUGCGUCGGACUCAGCGCCUGGUGCUCGACUUUUGCCGCGACACUGGCAUCCCUUAUACCAUCUUCACCUUCUACGAUGGUAACAAAGAGGUGAUUGGCAAACUCGGCGAUGUCGCAAAGCAGGUUCGCAUUCUUGAAGAGUGCAGGAAGUCAUGCGCGGAGAAUGGUGUGUUCUCGGAUCAUCAUUGA